GUUCAUUGACAAGGCACCUGGUCACCCAAGAGCUCUGAUGGAGAUAUGCAAAGAGAUUGAUGUUGUUUUCCUGCAUGCUUGCGUCUAUUCUGCAGCCCGUGGAUCAAAGGGAUCUUGGAGUGAAAAUAUACUGGAGUAUUUUCUGAGAAAUAGCCAAAUUACAGCAGAAGAUGGCGCUGAAAUCACCUGGUAUCAUGCAGCUAACCACAAGGCACAAAUGAAUGAGGCACUGAAAAGUACUGCUCACAUGAUAGAGGCUGAUGUCCUUCUUCCAAGUGAUGGAUCAGAACACAGCCAGCCAAUUAUGGCCCAUCCACCUGAAACAAACAGUGAUAAUACUCUACAGGAGUGGCUGACUGAAGUUACGAAAAGCAAUAAAGGCAUCAAGCUGGAUUUCAAAAGUCUGGCAGCUGUAGAACCAUCCAUGAUGCUCUUGGAAAAUGUGAAGAGGCAUCUGAAGCGCCCUGUAUGGAUUAAUGCCGAUAUUCUUCCUGGUCCAAAUGGAAAUAGCAAAGUAAUAGAUGCAAAACCAUUUUUAGACACCGUGACAUUCUUCUUUCCAGACGUGACGUUUUCCCUGGGUUGGACAACAGGAUGGCAUCCUGAGAAAGUCAAUGAAGGGUACAGUUGGACAAUGGUGAAAGAGAUGGAAUAUAUAUGUAAUGAACUAAGUCAGCCCGUAACGUUCCCUGUCAGAGCAGCAUUAGUCAGGCAGUCUUGUUCUCAGUUACUUUGGCUGUUAAAGCAAUCAAGCAGGUACAGCCUGACUAUUUGGACUGGAAAAAAUGAUAACUAUUCCAUUGAAGAUUUACUUUACAUUAGAGACCAUUUUGACAAAAAACAAGUUUUCUAUGACAUCUUGGAACCACAAAACCAUGAAUUUAAACAAGCUAUUGGAAUCAAAGUUAAUCUCUAAGAAGAAGAUUCUCCUCAAUUAUUUCCUGUGUUUUGGUUUCAUAAUCCUCUCCAUUGGUCUGAAUUAAUUACCAUAUAAAUUAUGGUUAUUGGUUUACGUUCCAAGUCAUCUAAUCAAGAAACGUUUACUGUGUGCUUACUCUGUGGGCAUAUGUCCUUAUAAUAAUGCACUUACAUAAAAGAUUUGGAAAGAAGAGAGUUAUUUCCACACGUGGCCUAGUCUAAUAAUAAUUCAGGAAAAUGAUACUCUACACCCCUUUAUAAAAAAUAGUUUUGAUAAACUAAAGAUGAUUGGCAGAAUCCACAUGUUAUAAAACAGGUAUAAACCACAUGUGCUUGGCACUUGCAUUACAGAGAUUAUGAAAAAUAUGGUACUCUCUUUUCCUUUUUUCCUAGAAAACUUUUUUUUCAGAGAUAAUAAAAAAGGAAGAGAGCUUUUAAAGUGUGUUUAAUUUUCACAGGGGUGAGCAGCUGUCUUAUAUCAAGAUUAAUCCAUUUCCUGAAACUAUUAGAUCUAGAAUUUCCAUGUCAUUGGGAAGCAUGCUAGUGGCUAAAUAUUUUUUUGUAUUUCUUAUUUCUAUAGUAUCUGAUUUAUAGUGAACAAUAUACUAUUGGAGAGCA